ACCCAUAUUGAUCCGGAAGUGGACGCCAAAUCUGAACGAUUCCAUCGGAGGAGUAAAGAUGGCGGACAACGGCGGCGCAGAUCCUGUUAAUAACAACAAUGAUACAACUGUUGGUUUGGAGGGAACUAUUAUCAAGGUCACAGUCAAAACCCCAAAAGACAAGGAGGAAAUCGCCAUCUCGGAAGAUGCGUCUGUCACUCAGUUUAAAGAGGAGAUCUCACGGAGGUUCAAAGCCAAGCAGGAUCAGUUGGUUCUGAUCUUUGCAGGGAAGAUACUGAAAGACGGGGACUCUCUCAACCAGCACGGCAUCAAGGAUGGCCUGACAGUCCACCUGGUCAUAAAGACAGCACACAAGGCAGGAGAUGGCGCUAGUUCCUCUUCCUCUGUCACCACCCAGGUGGGCAGCAGUAGUGGCAACUCCUCUGGCCCCAGUUCUGCAGCCCACCCUUCUACUGUAGGGUCCACUGGAGGCCCUGCCUCGGCACCCCCACAGACACCCAAUAUACUGACUGGGUUCGGUGGCUUGUCCAGCCUGAGCAGCAUGGGCAUGGGCUCCGCUAACUUCAUGGAGCUGCAGCAGCAGAUGCAGAGCCAGCUGAUGUCCAACCCAGAGAUGCUGUCCCAGAUCAUGGAGAACCCCCUGGUGCAGAACAUGAUGUCCAACCCAGACCUGAUGAGGCAGAUGAUCGUGGCCAACCCCCAGAUGCAGCAGCUGAUGGAGCGCAACCCCGAGAUCUCCCACAUGCUCAACAACCCAGAGCUUAUGAGACAAACCAUGGAGCUGGCCAGGAACCCUGCCAUGAUGCAGGAAAUGAUGCGUAACCAGGACCGGGCGCUUAGCAACCUGGAGAGCAUCCCCGGAGGCUACAAUGCCCUGCGCAGGAUGUACACAGACAUCCAGGAGCCCAUGUUCAGCGCUGCACGAGACCAGUUUGGAAACAACCCUUUCUCAGCCCUGGGGGGCAACUCUGAUGGGGGGGUGCAGCCAUCGAGGACAGAGAACCGGGAGCCCCUGCCCAACCCCUGGGGUUCAACUAACCCCUCUGAGGGUGGAGGGAGCACGGGCACCACAGGCUCCUCUGCCACUGGCAGCACCACCCCCAAUGUGUCCAACCCUCUGGGCGUCAACUCUGCCAGUCUGGGUAACGGCAUGUUCAGCAGUCCGGGCAUGCAGAGUCUGAUGCAGCAGAUCUCGGAGAACCCCCAGCUGAUGCAGAACAUGCUGUCUGCUCCCUACAUGCGCAGUAUCAUGCAGUCUCUGGCCCAGAACCCAGACAUGGCCUCCCAGGUGUUGAUGAAUAACCCUCUGUUGGCUGGAAACCCCCAGCUGCAGGAACAGUUCAGGAGCCAGCUGCCCGUCUUCCUGCAGCAGAUGCAGAACCCAGAGGCUCUUUCUGUGAUGACCAACCCCCGGGCCAUGCAGGCUCUCCUCCAGAUACAACAGGGCCUACAGACACUGCAGACAGAGGCACCGGGACUCAUGCCAAGUUUGGCACCAGGUGGACUGCCAGGAGGUCUCCCUGGAGGUCUCCCUGGAGGUCUCCCUGGAGGUCUCCCUGGAGGUCUCCCUGGAGGUCUCCCUGGAGGUCUCCCUGGAGGUCUCCCUGGAGGUCUACCAGGGGGACUAGUGGGCGGAUUACCAGGUGGAAUACCCACAACUCCCCUGUCCACGGGUGGGGGUGUGGCUCCAGAGAACCCUGCCUCUUCGCCGAGUGCUGGGGAAAACCCAGCCCAGCAACUGAUGAUGCAGCAGAUGCUCCAAAUGUUCGCAGGAGGGAAUUCCUCGAGCCAGACCCCAGAGGUGCAGUUCCAGCAGCAGCUGGAGCAGCUGGGCGCUAUGGGCUUCAUCAACCGAGAGGCCAACCUGCAGGCCCUGAUCGCUACCGGAGGAGAUGUCAACGCUGCCAUUGAGAGACUGCUGGGCUCACAGCCCUCAUAAAGACACACUCACUCAGUCACAUCGAUACAGACACAUGCAUACAUACUAUCCACCUCUGCAGCAAGAGGAAUGCACACGCAUAUACAUUGUCUACAGAGAACCAAGAGAGAAGAAAUAAACCAUCCAAAAAAGACAGACGAAACCCGGUCAGGACAUGUACCAUUCUAAACAUCCACCGCAGUCUCCUGUCAGAUCAUUCCCUAACCAUGGCUCCCCUAUCCCCUGAUUUUAGCCUCGUCCAUGGAGCUCUGCUCAGCAGGACCAGACUGACCAGACCAUUUCCUCAAUAGAGGGGUGCCUGGUGAAGGGAGGGGGGUGAGCGAGAACGGCACAGAUUUGCCUCCCUCAAAACCCUCUCCAAAACAGAAUUUCUUUACUCUACCAGAAUCACUAAUCCCUCUUCCUCUUUAAUAAAGCUGUGUUUAUUCCAGGGGUAGACCACCCUGGUCCUGGAGGGCUGCAGGCACUUCAUGUUUUUGAUUUAACUGACCUGGAUGACCAGGCGUGUUGAGGUUAGGCAAUCACUGAACUGAUCAAUUAGCUCAGUUGGUCAGGUGUGGGGCCUAGUUGGGAUAAAAUCCUGCAGUACCUGCGGCACUCCAGGAACAGGGUUGCCUACCCCUGGUUUAUUCAAUGGGGUGGAGGGUUCGUAGUGCGGCAGAUAGAAAUGCAUUGGCAUAGAGCCGUUUAUGAAACUUCAUAAAGCAUUCCAGGGAUUUGUCUAGCUGCAAUGUGUUUAACCUUCCACCCUUUUGACUAAGCCCCUGAUUGCAGGGUAAGGUAUAUGAAGACCGGAGGAAGAGAAUCACAAAACAGAACUUUGUCAAUCUCACACGGAUAUCAGUUAAGCCUGCCCGAAACUCUUUCUAUUUAUUGCUAAAAGAACCCCCACACUUCCCUAAAAUAAAACAAAUAGUCAUUCCAGAUAGGAUAUCUCUAUCUCCACUCAGCUGUGAGUUCUUCCCUGAAGGUAGGAUUGCUGUGCUUUUUUUGUCUUCAACAAAACAUUUAACACCAACCACGCUUAUCAAAUGGAUCGAUUUGCUCAAACCCUGGCUAGUCAAAUCAAAUGAGUCUGCCAUUGGUGGUCUAGAUUGACAUCACACACCGGCGUGUCACAAGGUUGAGAACUGUCAUAAUGGUUAUUAAAAAGACAGAAGUUCUGGGGAAGAAGACACAAAGACAAGACAGACAGAUUUCCUUUUCAUUUUAUUCUGAUUCAUUAUGUAUUUUAAUUUGAUGUGUAAGUAGUACAUAUAGAAUCUGUUUUGUCUCAUUAAAAAAAAUCUUCCUGGAAAAUGUAUGAAUAAAAUAUAAUGAAAAAAAUGUUUUCCAUUUUUGGAAUGGUGUGGCAGUGAAGUUCUAGCUUUUUGCUUUUCUGAGAAUCUCAGCGUUAUGGUAACCUUGGCAAUGGCUUCUAUAGCUGUGCUUUGUCUGUUGGCCUCAGCUUAAAUCUAUCACCCAAUUCAACAUGUUGGAACUAACCUUUAACAGUACUGUACUACAAAAUAAAACAAAGUUGGUCAAUAAGAA